AUGGUCAAUAUACGCUCACUUGGUAACACCAAAUCCUCCCUUUUCUCCACCAUUUCAUUUGCCACUAUCCUCUUUCUUAUACUGCUAACCAUUAGUGUUUUCUCCAAUUUUUUUCUCCAAUCAAUAUACAAAGAAGAAACCAGAGUCUCCUUAACCCAUAAAAGCCAUUUCCAGUUCAGGUCCUCCUCACUCCCCACGCUUUCUUAUUCAGUAGAAGAAAAGAUCACUGAGGCAUAUAAUAUUAAUCGAGAUUCUCUAAUUCCUCCAAUCAAUGCCACAGAGCAAGAAAGGAUCGCUUGGUUCAAGGAAAAGCUUCGAGCUUUUGACGUAUUCAAGUCAACCAAGUUGACUAGCCAAUUUGCAGAGCGAGCACGCAAGUUCUUAGAUAACACCUGUGAGGUACAGUUCUUCAUGACUUGGAUUUCUCCGGCAAGAUCUCUCCGGCAAAGAGAAAUCUUGGUCUUGGAGAGUGUCUUCAAAGCCCACCCUCAUGGGUGCUUGAUGAUUCUCUCUAGUACUAUGGAUUCGAUACAUGGAAAUAGAAUUCUGAAACCGCUACAAGAUCUCGGAUUUAGAGUGAUAGCAGUGAAGCCAGACCUGUCGUUUCUUCUGAAGAACACACCUGCUGAAGCUUGGUUUCGUCAGAUGAAGAAGGGUAACAAGGACCCUGGCGAGAUUCCAUUAGCCCAGAAUCUAUCCAAUCUCCUCAGACUUGCGGUUCUAUAUAAAUACGGUGGUGCUUACUUGGAUAUUGAUUUCAUAGUUAUUAAGAAGCUUUCAGGUUUGAGAAAUUCAAUUGGAGCACAGAGUAUGGAUGCAGAGACUGGCAAAUGGUCAAGGCUUAACAAUGCAGUUUUGAUCUUUGACAAGAAUCAUCCUCUCUUAUUCAAAUUCAUUGAAGAAUUCUCCCUCACUUUUGAUGGAAACAAAUGGGGACAUAAUGGACCUUACCUGGUUUCAAGGGUGAUUGAGAGGGUAAGGAGAAGACCUCACUAUAAUUUCACAGUCCUGCCAUCCAUGGCAUUCUAUCCUGUGCAUUGGAACAGGAUAACUGGUUUUUUCCAGAAACCAGUGGAUCCUGCCAUGUCUAGAUGGGUAUCUGCAAAGCUGCUACAGUUGAGUGAAGAGACUUAUGGAGUUCAUCUUUGGAAUAGACAAAGUAGUGAUUUGAGGAUUGGAGAAGGGAGCAUCAUUGGCAGAUUAAUAUCAGAUCAUUGUGUUCUUUGUGAAGAUAUAUACAAUGCUUGAGUAAGUUCUUCAAAAUUGAAUAGCAGAAAAGUAAUGAUUCAAGGAUUCAACAAGGAUGCCUGAGUAAGGUUCUUGAAUUGAUUUAGGAUA